CAAGGCGCAGUGGGCACAACGCUACCGACCAUGGUGUUGCGGGAUCUGCCCGCGCUCGACGCCGGAACAGGCUUGCUCCUGUGCGCGCUUCUCGUGAUCUUAGUGCUGAUGCUCCUAGUCAGGGAACAGAAGCGUUCCGCGCCCCGAUACCCUCCCGGUCCGAAGGGGCUGCCGGUAAUCGGCAACUUACACCAGGUCGAUCUGCGGAAACUCCACCUGUCGCUGCAGGAGCUGUCCAAGAUUUACGGACCCAUCUUCUCACUGCGCCUGGGCUUGGAGCGGGCGGUGGUGCUGAGCGGCUACGAGGUGGUGAAGGACGCGCUUGUCAACCGUGCUGAGGAAUUCAUGGGGCGACACCAGAACAGAAUGACCCAGAAGAUCAGGAAAAAUCACGGUAUUAUCUUUGCUGAGGGAGAGUCCUGGAAACAGAUGCGACGGUUCACCAUCUCCACCCUGCGGGACUUUGGCAUGGGCAAGCGGAGCAUUGAAGAGAGGAUAUUGGAAGAGGUGUCACACCUGAGGGAUCUGUUUCAGUCCUUUGAAGGUCGCCCCUUCGAUACCACCAUCCCUAUGAACUGCACCAUCGCCAAUAUCAUCUGCACGAUUGUGCUCGGAAAGCGAUUUACUUAUGAGGAUGAAACGUUUGUGACCCUCAUCAAUCUGGUGAACGAAAACUUCCAGCUAGUUGCAUCUCCUCUGGUCCAGCUUUGGAAUUCGUUCCCAGCGCUGGACAUCUUCCCGGGGUCCCACCACAAGGUAUUGAACAAUAUCAGGAAGGUACACGACUUGCUCCGCUAUUUCCUAAAAAAGAACCGGCAGGGGCUGGAAGAGGAGUGCUUACGCAGUUUCACGGAUGUCUUCAUGCUGAGGCAGGAGGAGGAAGCAGGGAAACCAGGGACGCACUUCCAUGAAGACAACCUGUUGAUAACGACCAGCGAUCUGUUUGUCGCUGGCAUGGAGACCACGUCCACGACCCUCCGCUGGGGGCUGAUGCUGAUGGCUAUCCGACCGGAGAUACAGAAGAAGGUCCAGGAGGAACUAGACGCAGUGAUCGGCCGGGAGCGGGAGCCGCGGCUGGACGAUCGCCGACAUCUGCCCUACACGGACGCCGUGAUCCACGAGACGCAGAGAUUCGCCAACAUCGUCCCUCUUAACCUGCCUCACCGGACCACGACCGACGUCAGCUUCCGAGGGUUCCUCAUCCCCAAGGGGACGCACAUCAUUCCGUCGCUGACGUCGGUGAUGCGGGAUAAGUCGCAGUGGGAGAGACCGGAGGAGUUCCACCCGGCCCACUUUCUGGACGGAGAGGGCAAAUUUGUCCGGAGGGAAGCCUUCAUCCCUUUCUCCGCAGGCCGCAGAUCCUGUGCGGGGGAGAGCCUGGCCAAGGCAGAGUUGUUCCUUUUCUUCUGCGCCCUCCUGCAGACCUUCUCCUUCCGAGUGCCGGCGGGGGCGAAGGCCCCGGACCUCACCGCCCGCGUGGGUGUCACCCUCAGCCCGCAGCCCCACGAGAUCUGCGCCGUCCUCCGCUGACCCGCCACUCCGGGUGGGAGGAGGGCCCCGGCGGUAAAAAGGCACCGGGCCGCCCGGCCGGAAUUCCAACUGCGCCGAAUGG